AGUAGUGAAUAAAACUUUGAUGGAGGAACAUCAUUUUAACGGACCGAAGUUCAGACCUUUUUGACCAACUACUCAUACAUACAACGGCUAAAAAGAGCUAUACGGGCUAUAUUAAACCUUUACGGUUCAACAUGUUAUUUGGACUCAAAGUGUAUAUUUCGAUCCUGCUCCAGUCCUUUCUUCUGGCACAUUCGUAUAGACAUGCACCAUGUAAAUCGAAUGAGAAAUGUAUAAGUCUUGGUAUGUGUUCCGAUUUAUAUAACUUUUAUAGGACCAAUGGAAAUAUGCACAAUGUGAUCAAAACGCUAAAUAGCAAGAGAUGUGGCAUCGAUAAGAUGUUCUUAAAUAAGAACAUAGAAGUCUGCUGCCCGUCAACAGGUAAUGACCACCCAAUAUCUCCAGCUGAAUGUUCAGAUUGUAAAUAUGACGAGAAGUGCGUCACAGAAGAUGAGUGCCGCAAUAUUCACAUCAUUCUCGAAUCCGUAAAGCAGAAUACAAUAUAUAGGCCCAACAAUCGGAAUUCUGGUUUCGUCUGCUGCCCACAGCCUGGUAACAAGCUGCCAGAAUUGGAUUUUUGCGGACAAAGAAAAGCAACUGCUAGAAUCUUGAAUGGCAAAGAUACGGAGCCUAAUGCGUUCCCCUGGAUGACAUUGUUAAUGUACCAGAAUUCCACAAACCUCGUCCACUUAUGUGGGGGCUCCCUGAUCAACAACCGCUACGUCCUGACCGCAGCUCACUGUGUAGACAAAAACGAUUUGCCAUUUAACUUUGUGCUCAGGAGUGUGCGGCUUGGCGAGCAUAACACCUCCACCAAUCUGGACUGCAUCAUACUACCGAAUGGAAAAAAAAAAUGCGCUCCUCCGCAUCUGGAGGUCGACGUGGAGAAAAUCUUUGUGCACCCCAAAUACAGGGGGUGGAGAACCGGAAACGACAUUGCCUUGCUGCGACUGGAAGUACCAGUACGCUAUACUCUUCAAAUACAACCCAUUUGUGUUCCACCAGACUUUUUCGUCUUGACAAACUUGGAUCUGACAAUUGCCGGCUGGGGGCAUACGAAUAACGAAGAAGGAUCAAAAAGUGAAGUGUUGAUGCACAACACCAUUAGGACCAGCAAUAUAGAAAAAUGCAAAACCAGAGAAACCAAGUUUAAUUACAGAUCGCAAAUUUGUGCAGGGGGCCAGAAUGGAAGGGACACAUGCCAGGGCGAUUCUGGUGGUCCGCUAAUGGCGCCUAAUGGACGGGGCUACCAAGAAAACAUAUACGUGGUUGGCAUCGUUUCGUAUGGACGGAAAAUAUGCGGAAUGGACAAUGUUCCAUCUAUUUACACAAAAACUGCAACAUUUUUCGGAUGGAUAAAGCAGAAUUUGCAAGCUUAACAUUUUAUUUUGUAAUAAAAUCGAUCCAGACGAUGUCAGCUGAGAGAAGGCAAAAGGAGAUAAAUUUGACUUAUUAUCUUAAAAAUUGUAAUAACUUUAAUACCUAAAACCCAUUAUGCUAACGAAAUUUCACUAUUUAUAUCGAAACAAAACUAUCAAAUACAACAAAACUAGUGGGAUAUAUCAUUAAAAGCAAAAAUCUUGUUU